GAACGCAGAAGGACGGCGAGCCACGCACAUUCAAAGUGAGGCGUGACACGCAAUGGCGGAAUUCAGGCUCAGGUGCAGUGAAACACGGAAGUGACGGCGUAACGCGUCUAGGUGCCAUAGCAACAGACCUACUGGGACGCUUCAGCCAUGAGUCCUGUUCGGCCGCGGUACUUCACCCCACGGGAAGUGUCCAGACACUGCGUCCUCAGCGAUUUGUGGGUUUCCUACUUGGGCAGAGUGUACGACCUGACUCCUCUGUUAGAGCAGCACAAAGGUGACGUAUUACUCAAGCCAAUCAUUGCAGCUGGGGGCAGGGAUAUCAGUCACUGGUUCAAUCCCAAGACAGGGGACGUAAAAACCCAUAUUGAUCCACAGACUGGAUGCCUGAAGUAUUACACACCCCAGGGACGCUUCCUGCACAUAGCACCCUGCUUUCCAUGCUCGGGAUGGGAUAAUGACUUUGGACGGCCCUGGUGGAAGGACACCAUCUAUCAGGUCUGCUCAGAGGAGACAAUAUGGGAGAUCCUACAACGUUACCUGGCAUAUAACGCCCAUGCAGCAAGCUACACCUGGAAAUUCUGUGGGGUUCCUCUUGACAUGGACAAGACCCUACAGGAGAAUGGUGUGCAGGAUGAAGACCUGGAGUUUGAAGAGCUUAAGAUAGAUGCUGAUCUGUAUACGCCAAGUAUACAUCUGUACUUUAAUGAUGAUCUGACUGAGCUGUGAUGAGCAACAGGGGUAAAACUCAAAAUAUAGUGCCAGUUACACGUUUAAUAGAAAUCUCUCUACACACGACUAAAAAUGCUCGCACACAUAUAGCCAAAAAAAUCUCUCUCUCUUUCAUUUCUCUCAUCUCUCAAUCUCUUUCAUUGUGUGUACUAUACGAGUUCAGAGGCCAAUCUGUAACUAACCAGUACCACACAGCCAAACAGAAUGUCUAAGGUUCUUACAUGUAUAUCUUUGUAGCCAAUCAAAUUGCAGCUCAAGGCAGUCAGACACUAAUGAUUGGUAAGCAAGGAUUGUACUUGCCAUAAUGGGCAGCCCAUGGUGCCAGAUUUAUGUAGGAGAUAUAAAUAUUGUUGCAAUUUCAAAUAAACCCUUAUUGUCAGCAUA